GGAAGGAGGUAUUGAACCCCGCUCCUACAACCUCGCAUCAUUCCCCAGAUAUCAUCAUCUUGUCUGUACGACUGAUUACAUACAACAAUGGGUCCGGAAAGUGCUCUGCCGUGCUCGCCAGAGUUUGAGAGCUCAGAGCAAUAUGUCGAAUCACUACUGGACUUUAUUGGAUCGUCAGAACUAUUACACACUCUUUGCGGUGGUGUUCAUGUUUUGGACUUCUUCACAAGAAAGCCGGAUCUAUAUUCUUUGGUCAUAGCUCCGGAAUGGCGAUCUUUCUUCAAAGAGCAUGACAUAAUGGACAUCCUGGAUCUACUCAUGCGAGAGGACUUGGGAAAAUUCAGCCAGCAAGCAGAUUUUUGGAGAGAAGGUCCAGUACCGCCGGAAAGUUUAUUACGAUACAUCAAGCAAAUCAGGAAACUAUCUUUGCGACGUGAGCAUACACCUAUUCACAGAAAGGAUGAACACGGAGCAAAUGGACCCAAGACUUCACAUACUCUGGCACGACAAGUUGCAGUUGGAAUGAAUAUCAAAAAAAUCCACGAAGUUGAUAAUCUCUGUCGUUACUUGGAUAAAUUGACCACUGAGUACGCCGAAUCUAGACAUUCUGAACUCACACAUCUGGUCGAUUUUGGAGCUGGACAGAAUUACUUGGGCAGAGCGCUGGCGUCAGAACCCUACAACAAGAAUGUGAUUGCUUUGGAGAGCCGCGCCCACAAUAUCGAAGGAGCGAGGAACUGGGAUGUGCUUGCCAAACUAGCCCCAAAACAACAGAUUAUGAGGAAUAAGAAAGAAUGGAGAAUCCAACAACAAGCAAUGGCGGCCGAGCAAGGUAUCUCGGAGAAGGAACUGCAAAAAUUGGAUCUCAAAGGAGAAAGAGAGUCCCAAGCAGGAGUACCUGCCGAAGAAGAAACCGCACAGGCGACACUGAAAAUCUCGAACUCAGGAGUCGGAAGCAUCCAAUACGUCGAGCACUACAUCAAGGAUGGUGAUCUUUCGAAAGUAGUACCACAAAUCGUUGAUCAAGACGCUGUCCGCGAGAAGGUCAGCGAUGACAUUACAGCAACCAGAUCGGAAGCACCCACCUCCAAACAAAUUCCCGACAACUUCAUCGAAGGAAACCUACAGAUCGACGACUCAAUCAAAGCACAAGACCCGAGACUCCUAGUAAUCUCACUCCAUAGCUGUGGUAAUCUGGUCCACCACGGCAUCCGCUCUCUUCUUCUUAAUCCGUCUGUCUCAGCCGUCGCGCUAGUUGGAUGUUGCUAUAACCUCAUAUCUGAACGUCUUGGCCCUCCAACCUACAAGAUUCCAUCCCUUCGAACCGAUCACCCACGUCUCGCCGAAACAGCCGCAGCCUGUGAUCCUCACGGGUUCCCAAUGUCUUCACGUCUCUGCAAUGAAGACACAACCACAGGAAAAGGUCUUCGUCUAAACAUCACUGCCCGCAUGAUGGCUGUGCAGGCACCGCAGAAUUGGGGAAAGAAAGAUAGUGAAUCCUUCUUCAAGCGACACUUCUAUCGUGCUCUACUGCAGAGGAUUUUCAUGGAUAAAAGCAUCAUUCAAGCGCCCGAACCUGUCGAUGUGGAAAACAAUAAUGGCAGUCCACUGGGCUGGUCAGCUGGUGGUGGCACUGCGCCCAUCAUCCUUGGCUCCUUGCGAAAAUCUUGCUAUGUGUCUUUCGUCGCAUAUGUCCGCGGUGCGUUGGAAAAACUUGUCAACGACCCUGAGCGUGGAGACUUGUUCAAAGAGAGAAUGGCAAUCAUGACCGAUGAAGAAAUUAACAACUAUGAGGAAACAUUUGCCGAGAGAGGCAAGGAGUUGAGUGUAGUGUGGAGUUUGAUGGCUUUCAGCGCUGGUGUAAUUGAAGCUGCUAUUGUGGUCGAUAGAUGGUUGUUCCUCAAGGAGCAGGACGAGGUUGCUGAUGCUUGGGUUGAGCCUGUGUUUGAAUUCAAGCACAGUCCGAGGAACUUGAUUGUGGUGGGCAUCAAAAAGUAGGAGGUUGGUUACUCUUCAUUCGUCCCAACCUGCGAUCGCUCCAAGUUGGGGGCGGUAAGAUCAAGAUGAUAGGUUGAUAUCAGACACCUUUGUUGGGAACGGCUGCCGAGCCACCAUGUCCCCUCGUCAUGAUCUUUUGUCAUGAUCUUCGACCAAUAUGACUCAUCAUGCUGCUUUGUCAUGUUCCAGCGAUCAUGAAAACAC